AUGAGUGCUCAACUAGGCGAGCGGGGGGCGGCCCGCUCUGCGCGCGAGGCCGAGUCAGCGCUGGAGGCCUCUCUCUUCAGCGAGGCGCCGCCGCCGGCCGAGGCUCCGCCCGCGCUGUCGCGCGAGUCUGCCGCCGCGCAGCUGCUCCCGACCGGCUCGCCCGGCCGGACCUCCUCGUCGACCGACUUCAGCCCGCCCGGCUGCAGCGGGGCGAGCUCCUGCACCCUCCCCUCUGCGACCACCUCCGAGUCGGCCUCGAACUCGCCUGUGUCUGGCGACUCUCCUGCCGACGCGGGCAUGGCCGUGUGCCGCAUCUGCGAGCAGUCCUUCUCAAAGGCGGACCUGCCAAAGCACCUCGUCCUCUGCACCGCCAACCACUCCUGCCGCGACCGCCUCCGCCGCACCGACGCGGCGCUCAAGCAGUUUGUGUCGCGCGUGCAGCGGCGAAAGUCGCGCAUCGCGCAGACGAUGCGCGAGAUCGAGCUCCUCGUCUACCGGCUGAUUGUCAUCCAGGGCAAGCUGCGGGCCAACUUCGCCGGCCUCUCGGACGCCUCGUUUGCGGAGCUCGCGGACGCGCUCGUCUCGCAAAAGAUCGAAGUGUACUGGGACCUCCUCUCGCUGCAAGACCCUGCCGACGCCAAGAGCGGCACAAACACGACGCUGCUGAGCGAUUCGAUGCCGAAAGGAACUAGGACGUCCAUCCGAGACUUUACCCUCCAGAAGCUGGUCGGCCGCGGCGGCUUUGGCAACGUCUGGCUGGCCGAGCGCAAGCGGACGCGCGACCUGGUGGCGAUCAAGGUUCUCUCGCGCAAGGAGACCACGGUGCGGAUGAUGAACCGCGCAGUGCACCUCGAGAAGAACAUCCUGGCGCACGCCGACUCCCCGUACGUCAUCAAGCUCUUCUUCUCCUUCUCGACCGCCAACCACCUGUACAUGGCGAUGGAGUCCGCGCCCGACUGCUUCUCCCUGCUCUCCUCGCUGGGCUUCCUCGAGGAGGCGAUCGCGCGCUUCUUCCUCGGAGAGGCCCUGACCGACUUCGGGCUCUCCGCUGUCGACGACCCGCCCGCCUCUCCCACGGCGGCCGGCAAGGAGUCCCAAGGCGCCGGCGGCAGCAGCUUGCCGUCCAACAAGCACAACUCGCUCGAGGUUGGCACCGCCGACUACCUCGCGCCAGAGAUCCUGCGCCGCCAGUGGCACGACCAGCGGGUCGACUUUUGGGCGCUCGGCGUGGUCGCCUAUCACCUCCUCGCGGGUGAGACGCCCUUCGGCGACUCGACCGCCACAAAGAUCUACGCAAAGGUGCUCGUCGGCGAGUACGAGCGGCUCUCCCCCUCCGACGUGUCGCCCGAGGCGGUGGACUUGCUCUCGCAGCUGAUCGUCCUCGACCCGGACAAGCGGCUCGGGCAUGAGCAGGGCUGCGCCGACAUCUUCAGCCACCCCUUCUUCGCGCAGCUCGACCACUCCACGCCGCUCUGGCAGCAGUACUCCCCCUACACGCCGACGGCGAGCCAGGCCACUGACGGAGGCACCACCGCGGCCGACCAGCGCGAGAUGUCACUCCUCCUCGAGGACGUCGACGCGGCGGCGUCCGGGCCCGACCAGUCGCCGGGCAACCGCUCGCUCGGCUCGCUCGACGACUUCCAGACGGUCAACCUGCGGCAGAUUGCGCGGAUGCAGCUCAAGAACAUCGCAAACUCGGGCAACGGCCUCGCCAGCUCCGGCACGCGCGGGAGGCACUCGGCCCCCGCCUCGAGCGGCAGCAAGGAGGCGCCGUGAGGGCCGGGGCGAAGAAGCCGGAGACCGCGCUGCCACGGUUUUGCGCCAUGGCUGCUGAGCGUGCAAUACUGACCCCGGAGCACCAGCCUUCUUUGCCACAGAGAGAGGCAGUUUUGUGAGCAGCCUCAUCGUCAAGAACACUCCUUCGCACGCAUGCAUGUACACCUCAUUCUCGUCUCGUAUUCACACACAGUAUUUGGGUAUUUGCGUGAGAUUGUGUCUUGCCUUGG